AUGAGACUUGCGAAGGGUACCCUCACUUGGUUGAUCUGCUGGUUCCGAAAGAUUGAAGGAGAUCGAAUGAAGGAAACUCAAAACAUUAACAAGAGUUUGAGUUGUCUGGGUGACGUUAUCGGGGCAUUGGGAUCAGGAAAAGAGGGUACCCACAUUCCCUACCGCAAUUCCAAAUUGACCUAUCUCCUACAAUAUUCCCUUGGAGGAAAUUCGAAGACUCUCAUGUUCGUCAUGGCUAGUCCCAUUGGAAGCCUGCAUAUGGGCGAAACAUUGACAAGUUUGAAGUUCGCAACAAAGGUCCACAACACACUAUUGGCACAGCGAAGAGUCAACAAAAGUCCGAGAUUAGUAAUGUUUAGCGUGAAGACAUUAGAUUGCAAAAAGAUACCAUUAAUGUUUGGCGUUGGUGUUUUUAUGGCGUUUCAUUGUCGAAUCCUUAAUAUAGGAUGA